AUGAAGGUAUUUGUGAUCGCCUCGCUGCUGUCCGUCGCCCUGGCGGACAACCCGUCUCAGUACGGAGCACCGUCUCCGGCGUUCAACCAGAAGCAGCAGUACCAGCAGCAGCAGCAGCACUACGACGUCCGCGGAUACGGAGACUACGAGCCCGUCUUCAACGCCCAGGAGGCGCGUGACGGCUACGCCACCCAGGGAUCUUACUCGGUUGUGUUGCCCGACGGCCGUACCCAGACGGUCAACUACCGUGUGGAUGACGCCUACUCUGGCACCAUUGCCGAUGUUAAAUACGAGGGUGAGGCCCGCUACCCAGCGCACCAGCCUCAGCAGGGCUACCAGGCCCAGAAAAGCUCUCGCCCUCAGCAGAGCUACAAUGUUCUGCAGAACUCUCGCCCUAAGCAGAGCUUCAAGGCUCAGCAGAGCUUCAAGGCUCAGCAGAACUUCCGUCCUCAGCAGAGCUUCAAGGCUCAGCAGAGCGUGAGGCCUCAGCAGAGCUACCAGUUCCAGCAGAGCUACCAGUCCCAGCAGAACAUUCGCCCUCAGCAGGGCUACCAAUCUCAGCGGGGCUAUUAG